AAGUUAAUUAUGCUGAAGAUCAGUGCAAGGAGGACUACUUGUUCACAAUGUCACAAGGUUCAUCUCUGCCAUCUAGUAGCUGGUUUGUUGAUAGUCGAUGCACUAAUCAUAUGGCUCGGGAUGAAAAUUUCUUCAUUGAAAUGGACAAAUCAAUUAUUACAAAUGUCAAGUUAGGAAAUGGUACUGUGGUGAGAUCACAAGGGAAAGGUACUGCUGUUAUUCAAACUAAAAUAGGCAAGAUGCAUAAGUUGCCUUUUCCUAUGAAUAAAUCUUUUAGAGCAACUCAGAAGCUUGAACUGGUGCAUACGGAUAUUUGUGGCCCUAUGAGAACACCAUCUCUCAGCCAAAAUAGAUAUUUCAUCCUCUUUAUUGAUGACUUUACAAGAAUGACAUGGGUAUACUUUCUUGGCAGCAAAGGGCAAGCCUUACCUGUGUUCAAAAAAUUCAAAGCUUUGGUUGAAAACCAAAGUGGAUGCAGAAUUAAGAAGCUUAGAUCAGAUAAUGGCAAGGAGUAUACCUCCAAUGAUUUCAAUUUGUUUUGUGAAGAAGCUGGUGUUGAUCAUCAAUUGACAGUGUCUUAUACUCCACAGCAGAAUGGCAUUACAGAGAGGAAAAAUAGAACUGUUAUGGAGAUGGCAAGGUGCAUGUUAGCAGAGAAGAAAUUACCUAAAUGUUUUUGGACUGAGGCAGUUUAUACAGCUGUCUAUCUCUUAAAUGGUCUACCAACAAAGGCAGUAAAAGGCAUGACACCUAUUGAGGCUUGGUAUGAUAAAAAACCAUCAGCUGAUCACUUGAAGGUGUUUGGUUCAAUUUGUUAUAAUCAUGUUCCAACAGCUAAAAGAGGAAAAUUAGAUGAGAAGGCAGAAAUUAGGAUCUUUAUAGGCUAUGCAACACAAGCAAAAGGCUAUAAGGUGUAUGAUCCUAUAUCCAAGAAGGUAAAUGUGCAUAAAGAUGCUGUUUUUGAUGAGAGUGCACACUGGAAUUGGGAUGCAGGGAAGAUAGAAAAAGGUUCAAAUAAGCAGUGUGAAGCUGGUUCAGAUGUCGUUUCUAGUUCUGAAAUUGCAGAAGUUGAUGAUGAUUCACCGGUUUUGAAAACCAAGUCACUAGCUGAGAUUUAUGCAAAAUGUAAUUUAGCUUCUGCAGAACCUAAUUGUUUUAAAGAAGCAGCUAAACAGCAGGUUUGGAUUGAUGCCAUGAAAGAGGAGCUGUCUAUGAUUGAAAAAAAUCAAACUUGGUGUCUUAUUCCAAAACCAGAUGAUAAGAAGCCUAUUGGAGUGAAGUGGGUGUUUCAAACUAAGCUAAAUCCAGAUGGUUCUAUACACAAACAUAAGGCCAGACUUGUUGUGAAGGGGUAUGCUCAACAGCCGGGGGUUGAUUAUGGAGAGACUUAUGCUCCAGUGGCAAGACAUGAUACAGUAAGGCUUCUAAUUGCAUUAGCUGCUAAUUUGGGUUGGAAGUUGUUUCAUAUGGAUGUAAAAUCAGCUUUCCUUAAUGGUGUUCUACAAGAGGAAAUUUAUGUUGAACAACCACCUGGGUUUGAGAUUGCGGGGAAGGAAGACUAUGUUUAUAAGCUUAACAAGGCUUUGAGGAGCACAGAAGAAGCAACUUUGUAUGUGAAAGGCAGUAGCAGUGAAUCUCAGCUUAUUUUGUCACUUUAUGUAGAUGACUUAUUGUUAACUAGAAAUGAUUUGAAGUUGAUGGAACAAUUCAAGAAGGUUAUGAUGCAGGAGUUUGCAAUGACAAAUUUGGGAGAGACAAAGUAUUUUCUGGGACUUGAAGCUCAGCAAUUGAGCAAGGGAAUUUUCAUUUGCCAAAGAAAGUAUGCACUGGAUAUCUUGAAGAAGUUUGAAAUGGAGAGUUGUAAACCAGUUGCCACUCCACUGGAUAUCAAGAAGGGUUGGACAGUUUCUGAUGCAGUCAACCACAAGGGUUGCCUAGCUAACAGAGCUAAAACUAGUGGUUGGCUUCCUGCUGCUCUUAUUCUAGUUAACCUUGUGACAUACUUAGUUGGCACAAUGCAUCUCCCUAUUGCAACAUCAGCCAAUAUUGUCACAGAUUUUCUGGGGACAUCUUUUCUUCUCUGCUUGCUAGGAGGCUUUCUUGCUGAUUCUUUCUUGGGAAGAUACAAAACUAUUGCAAUUUUUGCCACCAUUCAAGCACUGGGCACGGGAACAUUGUCAUUAGCUGCAAAACUGCCACAGUUGCGACCACCACCAUGCCAUCCCACAAUGAACCAUGCAUGCAAGCAAGCCAAUGGAUUUCAGAUGGGAAUUCUGUACGUGGCUCUAUAUUUGAUUGCACUAGGCACUGGAGGCCUAAAAUCGAGUGUCUCUGAAUUUGGAAGUGAUCAAUUUGAUGAGAAAGACGAGAAGGAGAAAUCCCAGAUGGCCUAUUUCUUCAACAGUAACAAAAGAUACAGAUACAAGAAAAGCAUGGGAAGCCCCAUUGUUCAUAUUUUCCAGGUUAUUGUCGCUGCUAUAAGGAAGAGGAAUAUAGGUCUCCCUUUUAAUGCUGACCUAUUGUAUGUGGAUUGUCCUGAAGCUUCAAGAAUUCAACACACAGAUCAACUCCGUUUCUUGGACAAGGCUGCCAUUGUUGCGGAAGGAGAUUUUGAUGGAACUACCGGUUCCUCUCCCACCAUUGGAAACUAUGCUCGAUCAAUUGGGAACUUCCAAAUUCCCGCUGGCUCUCUCACCGUCUUCUUCAUAGUGGCAAUAAUGAUCACUCUGGCAGUCUAUGACCGGGUCAUUAUGCCCCUCUGGAAGAAAUGGAAAGGAAAACCAGGUUUCACCAAUCUACAGAGGAUGGCCAUAGGUUUAAUCCUCUCAGUUUUCGGAAUGGCAGCGGCAGCACUGACUGAGAGGAAAAGGUUAUCAGUAGCAAGAACGUCCUCCACACCAACCUUACCCAUAUCCGUUUUCUGGCUGAUUCCACAGUUCUUCUUGGUUGGGUCUGGCGAGGCAUUCAUAUACACAGGCCAGCUCGAUUUUUUCAUCACUCAGUCUCCCAUAGGAAUGAAAAUCAUGAGCACUGGCCUCUUCCUCACCACUGUGUCUUUAGGUUUCUUUGUCAGCAGUUUCUUGGUAGCGGUGGUGAAGAAGGUGACUGAAGGCGAGGACGGCCAAGGGUGGCUGGCAGACAACAUAAACCAUGGAAGGCUUGACUGUUUCUAUGGACUUCUAGCUAUGUUGGGGAUCAUCAAUUUUGUGAUAUAUCUUAUUUGUGCAGUGUGGUACAGGCCAAGAAAACCUAAGGCUGAUCCAAACGCUGGGAAUAUUGUCGAUGGGUCUUGUGCAGAGGAGAUGUGCUAGGAUUCUUAACUAGCUAAGUUUUUGCUUAGCAUGGAUUGUUUCUGUUUGUAGUUUGUCGUUUUUGGAUGUUUCUUAAUUUCCGUUUUCAUCAUCAAUAGGGUUGAUUUUAUAUUUUUGUUUGUAAACUUAUUAGGAAAGGGUGACAGACGCUCUCAUUGUCUUGAAGUACUAUGUUUAUCAGUGUCAAAGCCACAGGAAAAAAUAUUAAUGAAGUUUGAUUGUGAAG